AAGAAGCGCUUAAACAGUCUCAAAAACCGUCAGUCUCGAAUUGAAUUAUCGCAGUUUGUUUUCAUUUCGAUCACUUGGGCUAACUUAGUGUUAUCCGAGAGACAAAGCUUUGUUGUAAUAAAACGCAGUAGUGCCAAGCUAUUUCUGUGUCCUACCCAUUAUGUUACCAGGAGAAAAUCGGAGAGGGGUUUCGAAAUCUAUCUAUCCGGGACUGUUCCUGCAUCUGCUAGUGUGUUAGUGUGUUAUCCGAAACCUGUUGACUGCUCCGCCGUCUAAGGGAAAGUUCUUCCGGUAGGUCCUUCUUCCGGUCUUGGUGUUAGGAGUGGUAGUGAUAAUUUUGGAUUCAUGGGAAAGGUGCAUGAGUUCCUGGUGACUUUGAAAAGGAAUUCACCUACUGAGCAGUGGGGCUUCAGUUUGGUUGGGGGUGCUGAUGUUAAGACCCCGCUUAUCGUUACCAGGGUCGGAUUUGGGUCUCCUGCCGAUGGUGUUCUCCAAAGGGGCGAUAUCAUCACCAAAGUAGGAAACUAUGAUUCCAGAGACAUAAGGCAUCAGGACGCACAAAAUCUGUUCAAGAAUUCAGGAAGUAAUAUUCGAGUUGUAGUGCAAAGAGACACAUCUCUAAAACACCCCACAAGUACAGGAUCAUCUAGGGCCAGCUCCCACAACUACAGUCCACUAUCCGUAUCACCGCAUUUAUCUCCUAGAGGUCCUCCAUCAACAUAUAGUCCUGGAGGCUCAGCGCUGACCCCGUAUUAUUCCUCGCCACUUCCUUCAAUCGACGACAAUUACUUUGACGUUCUUGAUUACAAUCCUGGAUCACAUAGAAGAACUGAAGAUGGCGAGGUACACGUAACGAAACAGCCAUAUCGUACUACACCUUUAGUCCUUCCAGGAGCAAAGGUGAAAAAAGAAUCAGGACAUAAUGAAAGUUAUUUACGUCAUCAUCCCAAUCCUGCUGUUAGGGCAGCACCACAUCAUUUAGACGGCGAUCUAUUAUUGAGACACAAGGUGGCGAAUUCAGUUUUAGACAGACUUUCGACAGGCGAUCCAAAUAAACAAAUUGUCCACAAGCAAUUCAACUCACCUUUAUCUCUAUAUAGCGAACCGAAUGUUGUUGAUACUAUCAGAAAACAAACAGGGGUUACUCCGAUUAAAAAAUCGGUCAAGUUCAACCCCGCAGAGAGUGAAACGUACAAAGCCAUACAAGAAGAGCAAGUGGGACAGGAAGUUCACGAAUUGAAGCCUGCCCCUACUAAGGUUUACACUCCUCAGGCUAAGAAAUCAAACAGUGUGAACCAACAGCCUGCAUACACAAACUCCAUCGGCCAAGAUGAAAUAAUCCACCAGAGUGGAUCCUUCAGAAGACUUAUGUUGAGUGUUCUACCCGAAACAAGCUACUGAUAGCGAAAAAAAUAGAUAUCUAUAAUAUCAUUCAUUAAAUUUAAGAACGAAUAUACGACUUCGAGAUUAUUUUCUUCAUAAUCUCAAUGGAAUUAUUUUACGAAUUACUGACCUAUUCUAUUCCAAAUUUAUGCAAAAGGACGGGUACGGAGAAUAAUGUUGAAAAUACUGAAUGAAUGUGUUGGAGUUUUGAUUUUCAAAUAUGGUUAUUUAUGUCCAGGACGGGAUUGAGCCAUGAAGAAUCUUCCAGGAAAUAUGUACUCAUAUUUUUCUUCUAAUGGAUAACUAAUAAUUGAAAGUAUAUAGAUUUAGUGUAAAUAAAAAAAUCCUCACUUCCCUCAGUUUUUGUUGGUUAAUCCGGUCCUGUUUAUGUUGUGUUGUGGGAUCAGCUUAUUCGCUGAAGCAAAUAAUAUGUGAUUUUGCCUAUAGCAGUCUAUAAAUCAUAUAAUGUACAUUUUUGUUAUUUUAAUAUUUUUCUCAUUUUUGAAUUUUUCGAAUCGAGUGUCAUCUAGUCAAAUCGAUAGUUUUAGUUUAUCACACUACGUGAUUAUUUCUAGGAUUCUCUUUCUGUUCUUCAUAAUUUUAAGGUACUUUAUUACUCGAGAAAGGAUUGUUGUUCAUGUAUAACUAUUUAUUUAUUUAUUGAGGUAGAAUAAAUAUUUAUUUAUGUAAA